GUACGGGAGGCAGCCGCUCGUCGUCCUCGACGCGUCGCGGGGUCAGUGAGGACCUCCGCGACAGCAGCGUAGACGGACUCCUGGGUAGGAAAAGCGGGAGUCGGAGUGGUCAGAUAUCUAUAGUUGUCUUAGAAACUCGGAGUCUUUCUCUCUGCCCUUUAAUCUUCCUGGGACCAGUGUUACUACAGCCGCCAGCAGCAUGUCUGUGAGCGAGAUAUUCAUCGAGCUGCAAGGAUUCCUGGCUGCUGAGCAGGACAUUCGAGAGGAAAUCCGGAAAGUUGUACAGAGUUUAGAGCAGACAGCCCGAGAAAUUUUAACUUUGCUUCAAGGGGUUCAUCAAGGUUCUGGAUUUCAGGACAUUCCAAAGAAAUGUCUGAAAGCUCGAGAACAUUUUGACACAGUAAAAACACAGCUAACAUCUCUGAAGACCAAGUUCCCUGCUGAACAGUACUACAGAUUUCAUGAACAUUGGCGGUUUGUAUUGCAGCGCUUGGUCUUCCUGGCAGCAUUUGUUGUGUAUUUGGAAACAGAAACACUUGUGACUCGAGAAGCAGUUACAGAAAUACUUGGCAUUGAACCAGAUCGAGAAAGAGGAUUUCAUUUGGACAUUGAAGACUAUCUCUCUGGUGUGCUAAUUCUUGCUAGUGAAUUGUCUCGCCUGUCAGUUAACAGUGUCACUGCUGGGGACUAUGCCCGUCCUCUUCAUAUCUCUACAUUCAUCAAUGAGCUAGAUUCUGGCUUCCGACUUCUCAACUUAAAAAAUGAUUCACUGAGAAAACGCUAUGAUGGCUUGAAGUAUGAUGUGAAAAAAGUAGAAGAAGUGGUCUACGACUUGUCAAUCCGAGGUUUCAAUAAGGAAGCAGCAGCUGCUUGUGCAGAGAAAUAGAUUCCCUUGUUAUUGGCCUUGUUUACCUCCAGUGGUUGCCAGUAAAGGGGUGGGAGUUUUAAUAUCCCUCUCCUGUGGUAGUUUAGAAGCUGCAAAUGCUUAAAAACUUUUCUUUAUUUUCUUACCAAUUGCAUGGUGCAGGUAUAAGAAAUGAAACUUUUUUUUUUUUAGGAAAAAAACCCUUCAGAAGGAUAGAAUUCCCUUGUUUGCAGUGAGCUUAUUCUAUGAUUCAGUGUAUUUUGGUUCUGCUAACAGUAGUAACUGCCAACUUCUCAGUAAAAAUAGUUCACGUGUUUAUCCUAACUUCCUUAACAUAUUGUGUUGAGUGCUUGGUGUCUUGCUUGUAUAUUUUUCCUUCUGUGAUAAUUCCUACUCUUUACACAUCCCAAAAGGCAGAUCAGUCAUUCUAGAUCUGGUAUGAACUUAUAAAUAGACAAUUAAAAAGAAUUUUUGUAAAAUUAAAAAGUAUAUGAAAAAUGCUUUCUGGUUAAAUAAUGUUUUUGUUAAUUCAAAAAGUCCUAUGAAUGAAUUGAGUGUCAAAGUUUUAUAGGGGAGGCAUUUCUCAAAUAUUCUUAAUAAUGUUUGUAAAAAUAAUGAAAAUUUGCUUUGCUUAAUCAAACUAAAAAUUAUUUUGGGAGGUGAAAUGUCUAUUUGGACUUCAGUUUUUGGUGAAUUUUUCUUUUUGACUCUAAAGGAUGCUAUUAUCAGGCUCAAAGACAAAAAAUUAGUGUUUAAAAGCCAUUGCUUUUUGAUGUUGUUAGAAUGAUUCACUUUGAGAACUAUUACCAUAAAAACAAUCUAUACUUAGGAGAUGACAAACCAUAUUUCUAGAAGCCAGAAAAAUAGUUUGGGCUGGGGGCAUACAACCAUCAUAGGAGUUAUUAUUUUUUUAAAACCCUUACCUUCUGUCUUACUAUCAAUUCUAAGACAGAAGAUCAGCAAGGACUAGGAAAUUUGGGUUGAGUGAUUUGCACAACUAGGAAGUGUCUGAGGCCAGAUGAACCCAGGCCCAGAUGUAGUACUUUUCACUGUGCUACCUAGCUUCCCAAUGUCCUGCAUACUACAUAUUUAUAUUACAUAAAUGAGAAUUCAGCAGUUUGUACCUUGUGUAAAAGAAAGGCAUUGCCUUAAUUUUAUGAGGUAUGACAGAGAAUGCCAAUGGUUACCUAAGAACCAGUGUGAGCCUUUAGAUUUAUGAGUUUUGGUCUAUUAUUUAAUUACAGCUUUUUUUUCAUCUGCCAGGCAGAAUUAAGAAUAUUCUUCAUCUGCUAUUCACAGCAGUAAUGAAUACUAUUAAGAGUGUAACUUUAGUGCUUAGAACUAGUUGAAGGAAAGUUGCCACUCUUGACACUUGUAAUACAAAGUAGUUACUAACCUUGAUGUUGAAUACUAGUCACUUAUUCUGUUUGUAACAUAGAACAUAUUACAUAAUUAAAAUUAAUUUGGCCUUUAUGCUAAGGAAAAUAGAAACGGUGACACAAGUUAUUACAUAGAUUAAUUUAUAAACUGUUAACAGCACAUAUAAAUUAAUUAUAGACUAUUGACACUAGUGAAUUUCAAGUGGUAAAUCAGUGAGAAAAAUUUUCCAAGUAUUCUUUUUAAAUAGUAGGUUACGGAAAGGCCUCUUUUAAAAGCCCAGGCACUGAAAGAUGCUCAGGUAGAUGAACCAAGGCAUUUAAUGCUACUACCUGACCUGAAAAGAAAAGCCUUUUCAUUCAGAUGAUCUGUAGCAGAUAGUGAAUUUGAUGUCUUUUUUUUUUCUUUUUAAGUGUUGUUUCUGCUUGAGAAUGUUGAAAGUUCUAUGGGAAGGUUGUGGAUUAUGAUUCUGAAUGGAAAAAUACAUUUAAAAGGGAGAAGAGAGAUAAGUUGAUUUUGAAUGUGUAUUUUGUUUAAUUGUUUAGCUGUACUGUUGCUGUCAUAUGAGAAAUAAAAUUUGUUUUUAUUA